AUGUCGGCCCGGCCUACAACGCCUACCAGGAGUGGCGAGCCACCCUCUUCACCCUUGACGCCGGAGCAAGUCAGGAGGAUUGAAAUCAACAGACUUAAGGCAAAAGCGCUCAGGGAGCAACGGGAUGCUGAGGCUGCCCCCGUGUAUCCGGCCCAGCCAGCCGAUGGCGCAGUCGCUGGGCAGAAGCGCAGCUUUGCGACAUUCGCAGGCGCAACAACUUCCAAUCGAGAUGCCAGGUCUCCAAUUAACCCUACACGGCCUCUCGAAGCCAUUCAACCAGCACGGAAUUUUGCCAAGUACGUCGAAUAUGACUUCAGUAAGAUGACAGACACAAAGGGUGGGUUUCUGACUGCGGACGAUGACCCUCACAAUAAAGCAUUGCAUACCGAUGAACAGGAUCCCAAGCCCACUCACAUGACACAGAGAGAAUGGGAACGAGCACAACUGCUGAGAUCGCUGCGCAAUCAGAAGGCGGGGCCAUUUGAACCGGGCAUCAGCGCGGCCAAGGAUGAAGAUACCAAGUCGUGUCGAGAUUGCGGUACGCAGGAAGUCGAUUGGAAAUGGUUGGAGGUCUUUGGCAUCGCUGUUUGCAAUGCGUGCAAAGACAAAUUCCCAGAGAAAUACAGUCUACUCACAAAGACGGAGGCAAAGGAGGACUAUCUGCUUACUGACCCUGAACUGAAAGACGAGAAGUUACUCCCACACCUGGAGAGACCCAACCCGCACAAGUCAACCUGGCACAAUAUGUUCCUUUACCUCCGAUGCCAAGUUGAAGAAUAUGCUUUCUCGGAAAAGAAAUGGGGAUCUGCUGAGGCUUUGGACGCCGAAUUUGAAAGGAGGCAGGAUGACAAGAAGCGGCGCAAGGAGAGUAAGUUCAAGUCCAGACUAGCGGACUUGAAGAAGCGGACCAGGGUAGAGGCACAUCAACGCAGCCGAAAGGGCGGAGGAGGUAAUUUUGGUGAUGAUAUAGGCGAAGGAAAGCAUGUCCACGAGUUCGGGCGGCCGAUAGACAACCCAGAGAGCGGCAUUCCGGUCAAGAAAUGUAUUAUCUGCGGACUCGAAGUCGAGGAAAUGGACCUGUAA